CCCCGUGACAUUUAUGUGUGUCCCCCCCCCCGUGUCCCAGGCCUGUACAAGCCCAGCGUGGUGCACCGGGACCUGAGCAGCCAGAACGUGCUGGUGCGCGAGGACGGGACCUGCGCCAUCGGGGACUUCGGGCUGGCGCUGGCGCUGCCACCCCGCGCCCAGGCUGGCAGCGGCGGGCACCGCGCCGUGCCCAUCCGCAAGGCGGGCACCCAGAGGUACCUGGCGCCCGAGAUCCUGGACGAGAGCCUGGACCUGCGCUCGUGGGGCCGGGCGCUGCGGCAGGCCGACGUCUACGCCCUGGCGCUGCUGCUCUGGGAGAUCCUCUCGCGCUGCCAGGCCCUCAGCCCCGGUGCCCCCGUGCCCGAAUUCCGGCUGGCGUACGAGGCCGAGCUGGGCGCCAGCCCCACGGCGGCGCAGCUCCGGCGCUUGGCCGUGGACGAGCGGCGGCGCCCGCUCAUCCCCCCUGCCUGGCACCAGGUGAGACCCCCCCUCUCCCCCCCAGCACCCAUGGGUGGGGGGCACGGGGGGACCCUGCCACCUCCCGGAGGUGCCCGUGCAUGGGAAGGGCCCUGCGGGGUGCCCGGGGUGACCCUACGGAUGGGGGGGGGCUGCCCGGGGGGGGCAUGGGUGCUGUGUCCCCGCUGGGUGACAGCACCCAAGGGUCCCCCAGGGAGGUCCCUGCUUGGGGGUCGCUGCCCUGGG